AUGAAUGUGAGGGGCAUUGGGCUGUGGAUGCUGUGUUACCUGGCACUGACGGCUGCUAUGUACUUUGAUCUGGGUGAACAGGAGGAAAAGUGGCUCAUUGAGGAGAUUCCAGGCAACAUGCUGGUCACAGGUGAGCUCUAUGGGCAGGUGGAGAGGAGGACAUUGUUCUGCAUGGUUGACAGGUGAGUUCUAUGGGCAGGUGGAGAGGAGGAAAUUGUUCUGUAUGGUUCAAUCUCACCCUGCUGUAUCUCAGCCUAUCAGAAAAACACCACAAAGUUCAAUGGGUUAACAGAGAUCAUGAUGAAGUCAACCCAAUUAAAGAGUGAAAUGGGUUAGCAUAGAUCAUGAUGAAGUCAACCAGGAGGCAUAUGAAAUUUGCUUGAUAUUCUAGUAGUAUUUGCACGCUUAAUUAGAAAAAUCGUCUCUACUUUUAAUGUAAUAAUGGUUUACUCCCAAGCAAUCUAAAGCACAUUGAGAUGUAAUAAAACAUUUGGAAUAUCAUCUGUCAGUGUUAUGUUUUUCUCAGUUAUUUUAUUUUGGAGAAUUGUGAAAAAGAACCCUAACUCCCCUCCUCUUGGCCUGACUAUCACUGUGAUCCAGAGCACCAUGUACGGAGGCCUAUAGAGCAGUUUACUACCCAGACAACUCUCUAAACACAAACAUGUUCUCCUGAUUACAUAAAAGCAUUCCUUAAACAGAGAAAACAUACUCUUAAUAUUGUUCUCCUUUUUCUUUUGGUUCUAGACAUUAAUGAAAAAAAAUAUGGCAGAUUUGGAAAAUUCACAUUCACAUCCCAUGCCUCUGGCUCACAUUGGUUGUGCAUGCAGUCCAACUCUACUCUAAGGUUUUCCAUUUUCGCCAGUGACAGCCUGGUGAGUUCAACCAUACUUGCACUGAGUCUGCUGGACUGUGUUGCUCCACAACCAUAUCUGAAUAUUUUUCUGAUAUCUCCAACGCAGAGGAUUCAUUUUGAUGUUCAGAUGGGAGAGCACUCUGUUGACCCCAGUGCUGAGAGGCACAAAGACACAGUCCAGACCAUUGAGUACAGCCUGAAGCACCUAAGAGACCAGAUGUUAUACAUCACCAAAAAGGAAAUAAUCACAAACACACUUUGUUAUGAAAGGGUCAUUUUCCAAAAUUCUAGUUUCAGAACAAAACAGACUAUUGUUUUGAUCAGAACUAGGCCUACAGUACAAUACAUGAAGACAACAAAUAUUGUGUUGAGCUACUAGGCCUGUCCUACUAACGGUCCAGAAUGAACUAUUCACCAACCCUUUUAUUUAUAUUCACAGGAACGAGAGGAGACGUUUUGCCAGAUCAGUGAAGAAACCAAUAGGAAGGUUUUGUGGUGGGCUGUUGUGCAGACUUCCAUUGUACUAUCAGUUGGAUUUUGGUAAAUCAAAAGACUGA